GGAUAGCGACUGUCAGCGUCAAUUUAGUGGAUGGCCAAGGUACACCAGUGAAGCUUCUCAACUGUCCAUGCCCGAGCAAAAACAACAUGCCAGCUUUGAGUGAUCCUACAGAAUUUGAUAAGUUUGUGCAGACUACAGUUCAUGAAAGAUCAGCAUCAAGACCAGGUCCAACUGCCCUGAUCCAGUUCCGCAUCUGGGAAUGUGGCAGCUGUGAUGUGAAGAUGCUGAGAGAGAAGCUGAUUGCUGCAGUGAGACAUGCUCUGUGCGACAUUGUCAUGGAGUUCUUUAUGCUGACAACACCCAUUUGUCUAGUGCCUAGGAGCCUCAUGGACAUGUAUGCACCACCAGUGUCUUCCCUGCCAGCCUCACCGACCAAGACUCUUC